AUGAGCCAGAAAAUCGGCAUCUUCCCAGCCUCAGGCGCGUUCGCAACGAGCAUCAUCAACCACCUCCUCAAGCUCGUCCCCGCGUCGCAACUCGUCCUCAUCGCGCGAAACCCAGAGAAGCUCGCCUCGCUCUCCGGCGCCGGCGCAACCGUCCGACGAGCCGACUACGAUGAGCCCCAAACCCUCGACCGGGCCUUCGACAACGUCAGCAUCCUCAUGCUCAUCUCCUACGCCUCGUUCGAAAUCGAGUAUCGCAUCAAGGCCCACCGCACCGCCAUCGACGCCGCCCGCCGCAGCGGCGUCAAACACAUCUUCUACGCCUCGCUCGCCUUCGGCGGCGAUCUAGGCGAAAGCAGCGUCGCACACGUCAUGGGCGCGCACCUCGCGACGGAGAAAUACCUCGCCGAGCUGCCCGGCCCCACCACCUACACCGCGGUCCGCGAGGGCCUGUACUCGGAGUCCUUCCCGAUCUACACGGCGUGGUUCGACCUGCAGAACCCCGUGGAGGACGUGUGCAUUCCGCACGCGGGCACGGGACCGGGGGUUGCGUGGGCGAAGCGCGAUGAGCUCGGCGAGGCGACGGCGAAGAUGGUGCAUGCGUAUGCGAAGAACCCGGCCGGGUUCCCGUAUCUGGAUCGCGUGGUGCUGCUGUCGGGUCCGCGCGAGGUGAGUAUGAGGGAGACGGUGGAUGUGUUGGGGAGGGUGGUUGGGAAGCCGGUGCGGAUUCGUCAGAUCGGGGUCGACGAGUAUGUGAAGCUGCCGCAGGUUGGGGAUAAACAUACCUACCACGGGGUGAACCUGGCGCGCGAGUGGGCGACGGCGUGGGAGGCGAUUGCGCGCGGGGAGGCGGCGGUGGUGUCGCCAGUGCUGGGGGAGAUACUGGGGAGGGAGCCGGAGGAUUUUGAGACGACGGUGAGGGCCAUGGCUAGUUCGUAG